ACACACACACAAGUACUUCCCUUCAUUCCUCUUCAUUAAUCAUCAUGUGUGUUUCAAUUUCAAAUCCUUCCUCUGCCCCUGCAACCAGUUGCCCGCCGCCACCGCCGCCGACAUCACCAUCGGAAUUACUUCAGUUUUUUGAUGUUUUCCCCAAAAAACAGCCGCCGCAGCCGAAGCAGCAGUUGUUCUCAUGUUCGGAGAUUGUAACGGAAGCAAAAUCUUUGUUCUCAUUGGCUUUCCCGAUUGCUUUAACGGCACUCAUAAUCUAUUCUCGUUCAAUCAUUUCCAUGCUUUUUCUCGGCCGGCUUGGUGACGUGGAACUCGCCGCCGGUUCACUUGCCAUCGCCUUCGCUAAUAUUACUGGUUACUCUGUUCUCUCUGGUUUGGCUUUAGGGAUGGAGCCACUCUGUUCCCAAGCCUUCGGCGCCCACCGUCCGAAGCUCCUCUCUUUAACCCUUCACCGUUCGGUAAUUUUUCUUCUUGUGUGUUCAAUACCCAUUUCUUUACUGUGGGUAAAAAUGGCCAAAAUCCUCCUCUUCCUCCGUCAAGAUCCGACCAUCACAGAAAUGGCGCAGACCUAUUUGGUUUUCUCUCUCCCGGAUCUUAUCACCAAUUCUUUCAUUAACCCAAUCAGAAUUUACCUUCGCGCUCAGGGCAUCACCGUCCCGCUCACUUUAGCGUCGCUCGGGGGGGCUCUAUGUCACGUGCCGAUCAAUUUCCUGUUGGUUAGUUAUUAUAAGUUUGGGGUAGCCGGCGUGGCAGCCUCGGCGGCGGCUACGAAUUUUUUAGUGUUGGUUUUUUUGGUGCUGUACGUCGUCGUUUCAGGUGUUCACGCUCCGACGUGGACGACACCGAGCCGGGAAUGUUUGACUGGUUGGAAGCCGCUUUUGGAGCUAGCUGCGCCGAGCUGUAUAUCGGUUUGCUUGGAGUGGUGGUGGUACGAGAUUAUGAUCGUGUUGUGUGGGCUUCUUGUGGACCCCAAAGCAACCGUUGCCUCAAUGGGAGUAUUGAUACAAACGACGUCGUUGAUUUAUAUUUUUCCGUCGUCUCUUGGAUUUGCUGUUUCUACACGCGUCGGGAACGAGCUAGGCGGGAGCCGGCCACAGAAGGCAAAGCUCUCUGCCGUGGUUGCGGUGUUUAUGGCGGCGAUGAUGGGGUUGGGAGCUACGUCGUUUGCUACGGGGAUGAGGAAUAAGUGGGCUAGAAUGUUCACCGACGACCGCGAGAUUCUCCGGCUGACAUCUGUGGCACUGCCGAUUUUGGGACUGUGUGAGCUCGGAAACUGCCCACAGACAGUCGGAUGCGGCGUAUUGAGAGGAUGCGCGCGGCCGUCUGCAGCGGCGAAUAUAAACCUCGGCGCGUUUUACGGCGUCGGAAUGCCGGUAGCGGUUGGGCUUGCGUUCAGAUUAGGGGUUGGGUUUUGCGGGCUUUGGUUGGGCCUCUUGUCGGCCCAAGUCUGUUGUGCUGGGCUCAUGUUGUAUGUGAUCGGAACCACUGACUGGGACUUUCAAGCUUGUAGGUCCCACGUGCUGACGUGUACCGCGGGUGAUGAAUUACCCUUGAUUUCUCCGCCCAACACAUAAUUCUUCUUAAUUUACACCAAAUUGUAAACCAAUUUAAUUUCUCAAC